GCUGCCUUCUUGGCCCGCCUCUCCACUUCUGCGAUUGGCUGUGAGGCCUUGGGCCUCCUCCCCACAGGCCUGCGCCUGCGCGAGGCACAGGGCCCGAGUUACACCUGAUGGUGGGAGGUAGAAACCCUCCGUUCUCUUCCGCGGGCGGGAGAGUUAGAUAGCCACUCAAGAAAACACCAUGAAAGAUACUGACAUCAAGAGACUACUAUAUGUCCAUCUAUUAUGCAUAUUUUCAAUUAUCCUAAGCAUCUUCAUUCCAUCAUUCUUCUUGGAGAACUUCUCAGUACUGGAAACACACUUGACAUGGUUGUGCAUCUGUUCUGUUUCUGUAACUGCCGUCAAUUUAGUAUUGUAUUUAGUAGUGAAACCAAAUGCAUCUUCUAAAAGAAGUUCAUUAUCAUACAAGGUAACCAGAUUUUUGAAAUGCUGUAUCUACUUUCUUAUGUCUUGUUUCGCCUUUCAUGUAAUUUUUGUUCUAUAUGGAGCACCACUAAUAGAGUUGGCGUUGGAAACAUUUUUACUCGCAGUUACUUUGUCCACUUUUACUACUGUACCUUGUUUAUGUUUGUUAGGACCAAACUUCAAAGCAUGGCUAAGAGUUUUCAGUAGAAAUGGGGUUACAUCCAUUUGGGAGAAUAGUCUCCAGAUCACUACAGUUUCUAGUUUUCUAGGAACAUGGCUUGGAGCCUUUCCUAUUCCACUCGAUUGGGGAAGACCAUGGCAGGAAUGGCCCAUCUCCUGCACGCUUGGAGCGACCUUUGGCUACGUGGCUGGCCUUGUUACUUCACCACUCUGGAUAUACUGGAAUAGAAAGAAACUUACAUACAAGAACAAUUAAUUGGAGCAAAGGGAGAAGAUAUUUCUUUGUGCAGAUUCCAUAAAGACUGUGCAGACAUGUAUAUGGUCUAAGCCAGGCAGUUCCACUUAACAGCACUGUUUUUUAUAUAGUUACAACAUGAUGUGAUUGUAGCUUUUUAAACUAUGAAACCCCUGAGAGAUUGUACCUUCUAGUUGAAAUAAAGUAUUUAUAAUAGA